AUGCCUCAGAGGAAGCGCCAUGGCAAACAACACCACCAACAGCAACAGCAACAGGAGCGUCAGCAACAGCAGCAACAGCAACAGCAACAUGAGCGUCAGCAACAACACCAACAGCAGCAACACCAACAGCUGAGGCAGGAUGUGGAGAGACAGCAGCUGCGCGAGGUCAGAAAAAACGAAUCACGACCGCAACACAAGGGCGAGGACAGGCAUGCGCAUCUUCAGCACCAACAGGAGGAUGGACGACAGCAGCCCUCACCGAAGGAUACUGGACUAGCAGACGCCGCUAACGGCCUGGCGGAAGAGGUCCACCGGCGGCUUCGCGUCUGCAGCGCCAAUGCCAUUGACGUUGCCAGCGCUCAAAUGUACGGAGAGGGCCCUGAUGGUUGUCCUACAUUUGUCCGCUGCAGUGGGUCACAGAGGGUCGUAGACAAAAAACGCCGUCUACUCAUCUCCUGGGCACCCACGACGCAGCUGCCCCCAACGGCAAUCCCCGUCGACUCACAGCCGGCCCUUGAAUUCUACUCCCCUUCAGGGCAGUUCGUAGCGCAGGUGACGUCCGUACCUCCUCCGGAGAACAAGGGAGUAUCUAGUGGUGGUGGAACCUCUGCAGCCCCUUUGCAUCGGCUUGAGGUUUGGGGCGCAGCUGGCACGGGAGAUUUGGGAUGCGCCAUGUGCCUGUUUGCUCCCCACGGCAUUCCUUGGCUGAGCCCGUACGGGGGCGGCUGUUUCUGCUCUCAGGACGAAAACCUGCUUUUGUACGUGGCGGAGACUCCACAAAAGGACGCGUGCCCGCCUUUAGACAAUUAUCUGUACAAAGACACUUGGGGAGAACAGUUGCUGCAGCACUCUCGAGGCAGAGUUGUCGUAGGCAGUAUAACGCCUCCCACCCUGGUACCACUACAGCCCAGGCAGAGGUCCGCCAGCUAUGCACAGGCAUCUUUCGUCCCGGAUGGGUCUGCUGUAGUCUGCACAGAAAUCCCGUCCGAGCCGUACAGACUUGGGCUCAAGUUCUGCAUUAACCGCCGAUCAGCUGUCUUUCUUGCGGACUUCCCCACUGGAGGCGUCGCGAGGGCCCUGCGUGCGUUGGGAGCUUCUGACAAGGUCCCGCAGGGUCCCCUCCAGCCGACAUGGUUGCGGAUUUCGGACGAAGAAGAUUGGGCAGCGUGGGAAGCGAGAAUUUGCGACUUGCCUUCGCAUCCGCCGGGGCCUCUUCUUGCAUUCGAAGUUGUCUACUUGGCGCUCUCAGAUGACUCCAAGGAGAAACGCCCUCAUUUCGGAAACGCCCGCCUCCGAGUGGCUAUCGUGGCUCGGGAAAACCCGGAGUCCCCAUGGGUUGUGAAAAGUAGAAAGACCUUAGUCAGCCCGAGUCCUUCAUCGAGCUUUCAAAGCCGUCAUGGGAAGAGCUCUGAGGCCUCCAAUGGUGAAUUUGCCCCCACAACGGUUCAGUCCGUGUGCGUGGCGGGGCCUCAGAAAGAGUCUUCUAGCGUAGCAGCUGCUCAUUCCCUGAAGGCAUUUGAGGGCCUCUGCUGCACACAGCUGCCUCCGUGGAGGAGCCGAGGGUUUCUUGUGAUGAAUACAUUUAGAGGUUGCCGUCAGACGGUUGUGGCUAUCCCUACAGGCUUGCAAGCUGGGGAAGCCCGCGUCAAGAGAGUCCAGUUCGAGGGUGCCCACGGACCGAAGGCGCCGGCAGAUGUGAAGGCAGCAGUAGCCGCAGCUACAGUUGGUGAUGUGCUACUGAGGGACAUCCGCGGCCCUUGGCUUCUUAUUCAAACCAGCAGCCCAGUGCAUGCGCCAAUCUUAGCCAUUGCAAAGCUGCGGGAGCUCAGUUUUAAUGAAGAGGAAGGAAGCGAUGGCGAUUCACUGGGCCCUCCGCAUGUGGCAGAAGUCGUUGAUGCAGUUUCCCUGAGAGGAGGCUCUCAGGGGGCAUUCAACGGGGCUGUGAAGAAGCUGCAGCUACACAUGUUAACACUUUCUCUAUAUCAUUUGGACCAUCAGCGGCACUGGUUGGUGCGGCUAGGCCGUCCGCCGAAGGGCCCCGAGGAGCCUAGCUUGGCAGUUCUUAUUCAUGGGGGUCCCCACUCCUGCGCGAGCUGCAUGUACAACAGAGACGUUCUGUUUCUCACGACUUUGGGCUUUGACGUUUUGGUUGUCAAUUACCGGGGCUCAGCUGGCUUCGGCCAGGAUGAACUCGUCUCUUUGCACGGGCGGGCAGGGCGGCAAGACGUUGAGGAUGUAGCGCAGAUAGUGCAGCAAGUGAUCAACAAAUUUGGUUAUGACAGCAAACGCUGCGCUGCAGUCGGUGGGUCUCAUGGGGGUUUUCUCUGCUGCCACCUCAUUGGCCAGUUCCCUAAACUCUUUAGCGCCGCGUCGACACGAAACCCCGUGACAUAUGUCCCAGGGAUGUACACAGCCUCUGAUAUACCAGAUUUCGUCUUUCCGGUUUCGUGCGGCGAGGACUUUGAUUUUGCAAAAAUGCCCUCAGCCGAGGCACUCGUGAAGAUGCAGCGGCUGUCUCCGACUGAGUUUGUGGGCACAGUCCAGACACCCCUUCUCCUGGCUCUCGGGGCUAAAGACCAGAGGAACAAGGAGGCUCAUCUUAAAACUGUGGUGGAGGGCACAGAUCGCUGUAGCAUGAAGCACACACGCACAGUAUCUAACUUUAAAUGCCGGACGUGGUCCCAAGCACCGACACUUCUUGUAUCGAUGUUUUCUACGAAACACGUUGUUGAGCCUCUUGAAGUGCCGCCGUCUCAAGGUCUCCUUUUCUGGAGACUACUAAGCGCCCACGGAAAGAAGAACAAGCUGUUGUGGUAUCCGGAGGACAACCACAGCCUUGACUUGCCAGUAACAGAUGCGGACUACUGGGCCAACACGGGCGCUUGGUUUUUAGAGCACGUCCCCCAGCCUGUCCUUCCUCCAGUGUAA